GGACGCGGGCGGGGCGCUGGCGACAAGGCGCGCUGAUUGGCCGGCGCCGCGCUCCGAGGCCGUUAACGGCGGCUGGGCCGGGCCACCGCUCCAAAACAAAGGGCAGGCGGCCCGCGGGGCGGCGGCGGGAGGAUGUCUCGCGCCCUGCCUAGGCGCUAACGGCCUCAGCGCGUCCCGGGCCGCGCCGGGAACGCCUGAGAGCCGAGCCCGCGCUGACCGGGCCUGGGCCGGAUGGGCGCUGCGGGCUGGGGCGCGGACCGCGGAGCGGCCGUUCCAUUUUUCUCUUGUCCCAGCUGUGUGGACAGUGCCACACGCCCUCCUGGACAACAACGGCUCUUGCGUGCAUUUUCCAGUGUUUCUUUUGUCAGAGAGGCCAGCAGAGCCGUGGUUCUUCCAGAACCAGCCCUGAGCUGAGUGAGGAGCACCUGGGAGAGAUGGUGAAGAUGACAAAGUCCAAAACUUUCCAAGCGUAUCUGCCGAACUGUCACCGAACGUACAGCUGCAUCCACUGCAGAGCACACCUGGCCAAUCAUGACGAGCUCAUCUCCAAGUCCUUUCAGGGGAGCCAGGGACGCGCCUACCUCUUCAAUUCCGUGGUGAACGUGGGCUGCGGCCCUGCAGAAGAGAGGGUCCUUCUCACUGGGCUGCACGCAGUCGCCGACAUCUACUGCGAGAACUGCAAGACCACGCUCGGGUGGAAAUAUGAACAUGCCUUUGAGAGCAGUCAGAAAUACAAGGAAGGAAAAUUCAUCAUUGAGCUUGCUCACAUGAUCAAAGACAAUGGCUGGGAGUAAAGUGAGAACUUUUCCUUCUCCUUCGAAUGCUAUUUUGUGAAAGAAACUGAAUGUAAUGGAAACUUAGGAGGAUCUGACAGCCUUUCUUGCCCUCUGACCUCAAAGGCUAGUUGCGCAUAGCUGUUGACACUCUCAGCCAUUUCUGUGGGUAAGGUGUCCCAUCUGAUCUGUUCUCUUCGUGUACACGGUUGUUUCUGAAAAUUUUCAAUGAGCUUUUUCAAGUUCUAGAGAAAGAACUAACCAACUGAUGACUAUCCGCCUAGUUAAUACCUUCCUUUUACCUUUGUCUUCAAUAUAGUUGGGGUCUGCUUUUUUUAGGUUCAGUAGGAAACCAAACUGAGUCUUUGAAGACCAUCGGGACAGGUUCUCUCUAGAUAGCAAGUCUUACCUUUUUUCCUUUUUUAGAGAAAAGGUAUUGUAAGCCCACCCUCCAUCCUGCUUUUUUUUCUUAAAUUCACAGAACUUCAAAUUGGCUAUUCCUCUUGCAAAUGAAUUGUUAAAAGUACAGUGUUCAUUUAAGAAUCUUCCAGAGGCCUCCACUGACAUUUUAGAUACACUAUAGAGAAAUGUGUCUAGUGGAACAUCUUAUUUAUGCCAAUAGAUUCCUUAUCUAGAAAGCAGGUGAGCUAGUUCUUAGAGAAGGCUGUCCCGGGGGGCUACAGAGGUGCCGUUACUGAGGGGACAGCCUCACAGUGUCUGGUACUGGGGGUUGAGCCCUCAGUGGUGAAGCAGCUUAGGUAUCAGGCAGUUACUGAGUGGCUGGUCCAUGUCAUUAAAGUAACCCACUGGACGGAGUAAAAGUCACAUUUAAUUUUCUACCCUGGAUGUACUUGAAGAAAAAGAAUUAUUUUUGCAUAUGAAAGAGUCCAGAACCCACAGGAAAAACUUCAAAACUUGAGAUUUGCCAGAAUAUUUUAAAAUUCGCUCAGAAAAGGUUAAAAUGACAAGUUUAGCCUUUGUGCAUGCAGAUGGCUGGCCUGCUGGACACAUCACCCCUCCCUGCCUGAUGCUGUCCCAUGUCACAUAAACUGAUAGAGGGGCCUGUGGAAUUUCCUAAGGCCUGUGUUUCUGCCACAUAGUUUAUUAUAAAUUCCAGUCCAUCCACCUGCCCUCCACUGGGAGUGGGUACCCCAUAAAGGGUUUAGGUCACUUUGCAGAGGAUGGAGGCCAAAAGCCACUCCCAGAUAAAUUUGGUUUUCAACAUUUAGUAACUUGUCUCAGAGCAGAGGGCACGCAGGGGGCUGGGGGAGGCAGAGGAGCAGCAGCUAAGAGAGCACUAAGCCUGGACAUUUCUCAACCUGGCAAGUGGCUCUGAAGCUGCCUUCAGACAAAGCUAGUCUAAGGGCAAGAGUGUGAGCUGGUAGACAAGAACCUCCUGCCCAGUUUCACACCUGCCCCGACUGUAGCCCCUCCUAAACCCAGACCUGUGGCCCAGGCAGGCAUUGGACUGUGCCCACUCAAGUUCAUUGCCCACAUACAGCAUGCCUUUGGGUACUAUCUCUUUGCCCAAGCCUCAAAGCCUUGGAAUGUGGGAAAUGCCACUGCCCUGGUGGGCAUAGCCCUGAGAUGUGUCAACUCGGCAGGAGCCAGAGGCAGUUCCUUUAAAGCACAUCUUCCAUUUAGGAAGGUAAUCCUUAUACUGUCUCGUAAGCCUCCACAUCGUGCUGUGGCCCUGCAAGCUGCUUUCUCCCUGCGCUAGCCUCCCCAGCGUGUUUAGGCUGGCCCAGCACAUCCCUGUCCUCCUGAGCUCGCGUGCAGCCAUCCAGAACCUGGGAGUCACUGCAGGCUGCCGGGUCUCACUGCCAUGGUCUCAAGCCUUGAAGAGGCUCCACCCAUGAGCUGGCACAUGAAGUUAGCAACACCUGUGGCUUUAGUCCAUUGUUUUGAGACUAAGAGGCUGAAAGACACCUUCCCAGCCAGAGGAAGGAGUUCACUGAAAACUUAGUUUAAACUGACCCUUCCCUUCGAGUCUUCAUUCCUUUCCCAUGUGGGAACCCAGCCUCAGAUGCCUCGGGGACUAGGGAAACAGUUGGGGGGCUCGUGCCAGUGUGAGGACAGCAAGGUCCUGAGCGACUCAAGAUGCUUCACUUACAUUGAAGAAUCUUCUAAAACUCUUCCGACCGAUUUUUGUAUAUACUAAAAUUCUAUUUAAAGCUUUUCUAUGUUUUGGGCGAGUUUACUGCUCCUUCUAUUUGAGCACUUUGGUUUUUGUAUUGUCUUUUGUGAUGGCACUGAUUGAUUGAUUGAACAUUUUUUACUGGUAGUCUUAUGACUUUUUUUUUUUUUUUUUUGUAACAUAUAGCAACAAAACUUUUAUCACUUUUUUUGUUGGUCUUCUGCAAAAUACAAGCUCCUUUUUAAACCAAAUGAACUGACCAUGAGCUGGCUUCAGGGGAAGUGCUAUUCAUAAGACCAUAUCCACCACCAUCUUACAUUCCUAAACAAUAGCAUCUGGGACUUUAAAAUCCUCCUUGAGAACAGGGAGGUGAUGUCAGGGUUAUAAAUGGAUUUAAAUGAAACACUAGUAUGUCUGACACACUCCAUUUGCUUUAGGAAUGUGGUUUAGUGUUUUAUACACAGUAUUUUUAUACCUUAAUGCUUAUUCUUUAUGGUAUCUGUCAGAUAACAGAAUCAGAAAUAAGAAUCUUCCCAAAAAUCCAAGUGGUUUUAAUAUCUAAAAAACUACAAAUUAAGCUCUAAAACUACAGAAAUGUAAACCCUCGCUUGCCCAAAGGUCCUUGGGGGCCUAUCCUCUGCCCCAGGGGCAGACAGCCGUGAAGCCCUUCCUGCACCGUGCAGACCACUGGUGAGACUGAAAGGUCACCCACGGCAGUUUCAUGGAGCAAAACUGCCGAGCCCAAGCAUGGGGCCUUCAGCCUCCUCUGUCCUCUGGCCACACUGCCAGCCCUUGGUCCUUAUCUGUGUGAGGUUUACGAAUAAAGCUUCUGAUGUCAAAUGUU